GGUAGUCUGCGGGCGAUAUUAGAGAAACUACACUUCAGAAUCUCUUCAUUAAGAAGCGACCCCUCCGCGUACCCUGUCCUUCCUCGCGGACAUUCAUUUGAGGAGUAACAUUCGUGACCAUUCCCCGUUCCUCAGGGACUAGAUCGGAGAGCCGGCAGUUGUCAUUCUCACCUUGUGUUGUCUACUUCGCGUGUGACAGUGCUUCAGCUGCUCCGGAUUGAUUCGGUUUUCUUUCGGAAGGAGCUUUUCUAUCGUCUCUUCGGACGGGAUUCCCGAAGGAUGUCCCGCAGCCUGAGCCGCAGCCGAUCGCCGUCGAAAGGAUCAUCUGUGAGUUCUUAUAAGCGUAAAAGGGACAAGGAACGUGAAAGGAGCCGUUCGAGAGACCGCCAUAGACACAGAAAGUCGUCGCAAAAAGAGUCUCGCCACAAAUCCUCCAAGCAUGAGCGACGCAGGGAGGAGAUCCCUAAAGCUUACCGCGGCAGCAGAAGUCGCUCGAGCAGCAGCUCAAGUGCCGGUCGAGACUCGGAUAAAGCGUCUCCGAAGAAGCGGCCGCGAAGGAUCAAGACUCCCGAGCCGGAUCCAUUCGAAAUUCGACGCCGAGAGUUGAUACGAGAGAAGGAAAUCGCCGCCGAAGUCGAACGGAAACUCGCCGAGCUGCUGCCGAAAAAACUCGAGGAGGAAAUCGACUUGCGCAAAGAAAAAAUCCGAAUGGAUCUGAGGCUUGAAAUGGAAGAACAGAUCCGGAACGAGAACAAUGACUUGGCGAGAAUCAACCUUGAGCUAAGAGAGGAAAUCAAGCAGAUCCAAGAGAGCUCGGCCAAGGAAAUCACCGAUCUUCGCCAAAAACUCAAAGAGCUUCAAGAGCAAACGGCGGAAAGCCUUCACAGAGUUGCCGAGGAAAGAUUGAAGCUCUUGGAGGAGAGACGAAAGAUCGAUGAAGACAGAAUGGCGCUCGAAUUGGAGAAGCGGAACAAGAAGAAAGAAGAACAACAGCUGAUCCUCAAUAAAUCGGGGAAAUCCCGACCCAAGCUGGCGUUCUCGUUCAAAUAGAACACUGGUGCACAUCAUUGGACCGUAUUGUACAUCGCCAUGUACAGACCGAGCUGAAGCCAUGAACGCGUCCCUUAGCUUUAUAUCAUUUAUGCAUAAUUGUAAUUUGGUGAGUCGAAAGGAUGAGGAUGAGUUCCCUCCUGCUUGCGGAUGGACACUUUGAUUAUUUCCGUUAGGUAAGCGAGUGAAAUCGGUAAUAAAACUGAUUUCUGAAGAA